AUGGAGGCUGAGCUAUACUUUUCCGCUUAUGAUGCUCUACACCAGGGCAAUUCUACUGUUCGACGACUUGAACUUCGUCUUCAAAAUGUGUCCAGUAUUGGAAAGAUUGUAUGGUCUUCAUUUGAUUUCAUGUGUGGACCUGAGAUGAAACACUUGUCUAGGAACCUUGUACAGGUCACAUCGUCGUCAUCGGUGUCACCUGUAAAUCUCAGUGGAGAGGAAGGUUCGGUGAACGAUGCCGAGAGCCUUGAUUCUUCUAUGUCCACACAAUCUGCUCAGUAUGAGGAUAUUGAUGAUCCAUUAGAGACUGAUCUUACGUGUGCUGGAGUGUUGGAUGACACUUUCCUAGAAGAUUCUUUGUACCAUGAUUAUCGCAUAUCUAGUCGAAAUGCCGGUAUUGCUUACCGUGAAUUGCGGUAUCUUGAUGAAUUCAUGGUGGAUAGCCAUUAUAGCAAGGCCGAUUCCAAUUGCACGGUGACGGAAUCUGGCAUACAGGAAAGUACGACCGCUUCGAGGUCAACUUCUGCAUCCACUACGACAGCUAUGCUGCAAAGUGCGGAGAAUUUGAUGGAUUCAGGAGACGCCAGUAGUGAAGUAACUGUUGGACCUAUCGAUCCCAUGGUAGGAACUCCUAUGGAGCUCAUGAAUAUUUCUACUUUACUUUCAUCUGAUAACCACAGGCAAUCCGACGACACUACUUCGCGAACGCAGCCACUUUCAAAUGCAUCAACACCGGGCUCAUUUGAUGACGAUGUCGUGUCAUUUCUUGACUUGCCGAUUGCUCCUCGUGAAGAUACUGUCACUGAUGAAGUAUUUGUAUCUAAAUUCGUUCUGGCUGAACAAGUCUUCAGUACACAAUUACCUUCUAAUCCUCUCAUGCACAAAAUAACCGUGGUACCCUCUCGAAAUCUAUUGAUCGGAUCCUUCAUAUUCUCUGUCGUUGCACGAGAUGGGAACAAAACUAUACAUGCGAUUUCUUUUUUGAUGAGUUGUUGCAAGCAGGAAUGGUAUCUGGAGCGACAGCCAUUUCUCGAGUCGGCCAUUCUUGACGCUGUCCCUAAAAUUAAGGCAGCCAUAUUAGUGGUAGGCAUUUCCCGAAUACUCCGGAUAGAGAAUUCCAAGAAUUUUGUUACUUCACAGGAAGAUUGGGAUGACGUUGUGGUGCGCAUCAAUGCUGAGCUUACGCGAUUGAUGCAUUUGAUGACUGUAUUGGACAGGCAUCCCCUCGUAUCUGAAUCACGUCCGCUCCUGAUCAAAAACACCCUACUAACUGGAAAAAGAUGUCAUCACGACAAGGUACUGUGCAAGGCUAUAUCUGGUGUGCUUCAGAGUCAAGGUUACUGUGUCAUAAUCGGUUCUGAUACCCUCUAUGUUUCAAAGUUACUAAAUACACUUGCUGCAUUCAUACCGGAGGAAGUGCGUUUCUGUUGUUUACGUAUGUAUCGUCACAAGUUUAGCCCCUACGUCCGGUUGCAAGCAGUACGUCGGUGUGAGUUGCCAUAUGUGCUGCAAUGUGGUGCGCUGUCAAGCUGGCCUAUAUGUGUUGUCGACGUCGAUCGUGCAACGGUUUGCAUGUCUCCCCCUUAUAGUCGCCAUCGAAUUCUCAAGCAAAGAGCUGACGCACAGAGGGUCAACAUUAUUCUCGACAGCUCUUUUAAGUGCAAACCUGUCACUCUAGAAAUGACCUCCUGUCGUGUUCUCGAAUGUGUGAAGACGUUUCUGCGACGCAUUGAUUUGCUUCCUUUGGAGGAGUCUGCUCGAAUGGGUCUGGUGAAACAGUUAAUGUUAUAUGUAGAAAAUAUGGCUCGGGCGUUGAUUCUAUAUGUACAGCAUGCCAGUGAGCCAUUACCUUCUGAAAAAGCUUCGGCUACGAAGAGCCCUCGGUUCUCGUUAAGUGAGUGUCGACGAGCUUUAGACCUGCAGUCAGACAGCUGGUUUCACGCCGUUCUCGCAAGGGCGGAGCUUAUAAUGCCUGACAUCGCUGAAUUCAUCUAUAGCUCGGGAUGA